AUGGAACUUUCGCUAUGGGACACAGCCGGACAAGAGGAAUUCGAUCGGUUACGGGCACUUUCCUACGAGGACACCCACGUUCUGAUGCUUUGUUUCAGUGUGGACAGCAGCGACUCAUUCGAGAACGUCGGUUCCAAAUGGAUCUCCGAGAUCAACGAUAAUUGCCCGGGCGUUCGCGUUGUCCUCACGGCACUCAAAUGCGACCUGAGGAAAGACGAGGAAAUGAACGACAACCCUAGCACGAUCUCCUUCGACCAAGGACUAGCGAAAGCGAAAGAGAUUGGCGCAGUUAAAUACUUGGAGUGCUCGGCCGUGCAGAACCGCGGCAUUCGAGAGAGCUUUUAUGAGGCCGCUAAAGUUGCCUUGGAGGUCAAACCUGCAGGAGGUAGUGGCUCCGGCGCCAAGUGUGUCAUUCUCUAA